CGCGCCGCGAGGUGUAGCGUCUGGUAGAGGUUAGGUGGAGCUGCCUGGGGGCUGCUGGGGUCUUCGCCGCCGCCGCCGCCUCCUCCCUCCCUUCCUUUUCCCCGUCCUCUUCUCCCGGGUCCUAGGAGCCCCCGCGUGGGAACACCCUGCCAUUCUCAGAAGUCCAACGGCUGUCCACACAGAGCCAGGGAGAACAGGCCCUGUCCACGAGGGUGUGGGAAGGAAGAGGUAACAUCAAGCGGGCUCGUGCCUUCCGAUGCUUCCAGGCUUUUCCUUAGAGACUGGUAAAUGAGGACGAGAUGAGCCUGCAGAGCCUGACGGUGACAGUUCCAACCCCAUUCUCUUCCAUGGAUCCUGGGAACAGAGUAAUAGCUGGGGCGGCUGGCCGGGGUGGCCCUGAACACCUUGGAGGGGGGCGUGGGUAGGUGGCCAGAUGAUCAUGAAGGAUUCACAGACACAUUCCACUUGCUGAGGAGCAGAAGUUCCCUAGGAGCAAAGGGUCUCACUUCCCCUCCAAGCUAGCCCAGAGUGCAGGAAGCCAGACCGCCCAGGCCCCUCCCCUGUCCCUGCGGCCAUGUGGCUCCUUCCUUGCUGUGAUCCCAGCAGGGCAGAGUGCAGGAGGACCUCCUGCGGGUUGACUGACAGCCCCGCCGUUCCCUCUGACUCCUAGGGACCUCCUGCCCACCUCAGUCUGGACUCUGGGAGGCAAAGUGUAGACAGGGCCCCAGAACUCAUGUUUACUAAUGAAUCCAAGCUGUUAGGACAAAUGUCAGAGUUAUGCUUGCCAUUUCCCGGCCUAGAUGUGCCUCCCCUGGCUUGUUCCUAGAAUGUACCCGUAAGUGGAAUUCCUGUAAAUUGGAUUAUUCGGGGGACCUUGACAUUUAAAGGAAUCAUGUUGUAAGGCUUUUGGUAAAGCAAAAAAUUGUAUCGUCAGUAAAGGGCUUCAGUGAUACCAGGUUUGAAUGAUUUGAUUUUUGUCUGCAGGAUUUUCUUAAAAGUGGAGAAUGACUGGCCGCACAAAGGUCCUUCUCCGAUUCAUUCAGCAAAACCAGUUGGUAAACACCCACCUCGCAGCAGGUGUUAGGCUAAUGGUGUAGACUUAGCGUCCCUGGGCCUCCUGGGAGGGAAGGCAGACAGACAGGCAGAGGGAGUACAGCCAGGGAAGCGUCUGGCCCCGGAUUUAUUCUGUUCAUCUGAUCGGAAGGGAACUUGUUGAAUACCUAUGAGCUACGAGACGCAGGAGAAAUACAGUGAUACAUCUCAGGGUGUCGCCACUGCUUUCUGGAGUUCCCAGUCCAGUGGGGUGAUAGACGCAAAUACAAAGCCAGCAGUUCGUGUGAGGGGGACGGGGCCGGACUCGCUGAGCUCGCCCGAGUGGGAGCACGGCUGCGUGGCCGGCUUUGGUGCUGUCCUUCCUGAGGGGGACAGGGCCGGACUCGCUCAGCUCGUCCGAGGGGGAGCACGGCUGCGUGGCCGGCUUUGGUGCUGUCCUUCCUGAGGGGGACAGGGCCGGACUCGCUCAGCUCGUCCGAGGGGGAGCACGGCUGCGUGGCCGGCUUUGGUGCUGUCCUUCCUGGUGACAGCGGAGGGGCUGGGAAAGAGUUGCCGUGGUGCCUGUCGGCGGGGGCUGGGGAGCCCACUUGGCCUUUCAGACCGCGUCCACGUAAGCAGCCCCCAAACCCAGGAAGGUGGAUGGUAACAUUUAAGCUGCUGGCUCCCUCUCCUGUCAGUUCUCAGGGAGCUACGGUGACACUUACUGUGCCACAUCUGCAUUCUUGGGGACUGGCAGGUCUCCACAUGCUUUUGCUUGUCACGUUCCUGGAGGCUGGAACGAGAGUUCAUUCUCACAAGCAGCGCGCCGCUUCCUCCUGUGGGCUGGGGCGCAGGUGUGGGACGCUGCCGUGAGCCAGGGCUGGGGGCAGUAUUUAGAACUGAGGCCCCCCAGCCUGUCACCCCGAAGGGCUCUUGGGUUGGUGCUGUAACUGGAACCGUCCUCAUUGGAGUCCCAAGCCCUGUACCUGAACAGGGAAGGGAGGGGAUCCGUCUGAGAGCUGAUUCGAGAACCUGAAGCGGGGGGGGAGCCAGGGGUCUCUGGGGGCACAGUGGAAGGGGUUUAUGGAGGGUGGAAACAGUGGCAAAGCCCAGGUCUAAGGGCGACCCUGGUGGGGCCUGUGGAUGCUGUCGGCUCCCUCCUGUUCCGCAGAAGGCCCGCGUGUGACCCCUGUCCCCGGGGAACGCCCGGGUCCACAGAAGGAGCCAGGUCCGGGGACGAGGCGGCGGCCCCCUUCCCAUCUGUUCCCAGCAGCCAGGCCAGGCCCUCCCCCGGUGCCCCCACUGGCUGGCUGGCGUCUCCGGAAAGGGCUGGCCGUGGCAGAAGUGGAAUUGCGUCAGGGAGCAGCAUUUCUGAGUUGUUUGGCUGGGGUGGUCCUGCUGCUUCUGGAAGGUUCCUUGUCUUCCAGGACAAGUUCAGAGUGCAGGUGUAUGUCGGAGGCUAGCUACAGCCAUGGCAGUGAAGAUCCUCAGCGCUUCUUGUUUUGUUCCCCUGCGCUGCUUCUGGGCCCUCAGUUGUGUGUCGAAGGCCCGUGCUUGUCCUCAGGGCGCUUUUCUGUUACUUCUCUUGAAGCUCUUAAAGCACUUCUCGGUCUUACGGGGGUUUCAGCUGGUUUUGAGGACCAUACUGGGAGGUCAGUGACUUAACUACAGCCCCGUGGAGUACUGUAAAGGGGGCGGAGUGAGCCCCCGGGAGCACAGACUUGCACAGCUUUCCUGGGGGACUGGGGGCUUUCACCCCUGCACUGAGGGACUCCUGUGGCUCGGUGCCGGGACGCAGUGGUGAAAAGGCAAGGUCCUACCUCGGGGGCUUCCAUUCUAGUGGAGGCCAGACGGUCAGUAAACUGUCAUUUCAGCUAGAAAUACGCACUCCGAAGGCAGGAACCACGGGCAUCGGGUAAUCGUGUUGGAGGAAGGCACCUUAGACUGGUCAGGGAAGGCCUCUUUGAGGUGACACGUAAGUGAAACCCUGUGUUGAAAAUCAGCUGCUCACGGGGGAAGGCCCAGGGCUCGGCAAACGCACGGGCCCCUUGACCUUGGGUAGGAUGCCACCGUGUGCAUCGCCUCCCUCCCCUACACGGGGCUCGUGGGGUGCCUGGGUCGCGGUGAGUCGUGAGGGUCCAGUGGCCAGCGAAGAGUGAGCAACGCGUGUGGGCAGAGGAUGGGUGGCUGCUACCCCUGUUCUGUCUCCUGGCACGGCGCUGCCGUUCCUGCACCGUCGCCACUCAGCCCCCGCAGGCUGGGUCCCCGCACCCCCCUGCCCUUCAGAAACUCAGCUGAUCAGUUUCGCGUUGUUGACAGACUGGACCCGUGGCCCCAGGCUCACUCAGGGCGCUGUACUCCAGGCCCCGUCUGCCAGGACGGGCUCACCUCCCACACUCUUUUCUCUGUCCACACUGCAGCCAGCCCAGCCGUCCCCAGCCCUCUGUGUGGCACGCGUGCCAUGCCACCUCUGCUCUGUCCCUGUCCCCUUCCAGAGCAUUCCUUGUCCUCCGGGCCCGGCCUUCUCCUGGCUGCUGCCCCGCCCGCCAUUCGGAAGGGACGACUCUACCCCUCAAGUUCCCAUAGCCCUUUGUGGCUCAACGAGAGUCCUCGUUUCUGCCUCGUGUUCUCGUUGGUUCCAUUUCUUCCCUGUCUCCCCUGCUGUAAGCCUCUGGGUGUUGAACCUUAUCUGGACAAGCCUUACGGCGGCUGGAACGGCCCUGCGCACGGCGAGCAUCUGUAGAUGAGCGCGGUGCCUCGGGAGAGGUGUGACCCUCCACCCCCUACGCGGUGUGGCCCAGCUGGCUGAAUGUGGCGCUGGCGGUGGGCCUCCGCUCUGCCAUCAAGGCCCGGCCGUCUGCUUUCACUCUCCCCUGUAGCCCACGCGGCUGCCAACGCAGCCUUCCAGAAGCACACAUCUCAGGCCACUCCCUGCUUAACCUAGAGUAGUUCCGGCUCGCUGCUCUUUGGUGUGAAGUCGGAACUAGCAAACAUGACCCUUAGGACCCCGAGUUUCCCGUUGGAAGGGCAACGCACGCGCCUGUCUUCCUGGUUGCUGAGCGAACGCUUCCUCAUCCUCGAUGUUAGCUGGUGUGUCGCUUCUCCUGACACCUGUGCUCUGCCAGCACCUUGUACCUCUCCGCAGCCCUCACACAUGUCUGAUCGUGUAUCCGCCUGGCCGUCUCCCUGUUCACAGACAGCACCUGGCACAGAGUCAGGCUCAUGGGGACACCGCUGCUGAGUCUGGUGCCUGAGCAAAGACGUGGCUGGUGACAGCAUGACGAGCGAGGUGAUAGAGGACGAGAAACAAUUCUAUUCCAAGGCCAAGACGUACUGGAAGGAGGUCCCGGCCACCGUGGACGGCAUGCUCGGGGGGUAUGGCCACAUCUCCAGCAUCGACAUCACCAGCUCCCGGAAGUUCCUGCAGAGGUUUCUGAGGGAAGGCCCAAACAAGACGGGAACCUCGUACGCCCUGGACUGCGGAGCCGGCAUCGGAAGGAUCACCAAGAGGCUGCUCUUGCCUCUCUUCGGAGUGGUGGACAUGGUGGACGUGACGGAGGACUUUCUGGUCAAGGCCAAGACCUACCUGGGUGAGGAAGGCAAGAGAGUGAGGAACUUCUUCUGCUGCGGCCUCCAGGACUUUAGCCCGGAGCCGCACUCUUACGACGUCAUCUGGAUCCAGUGGGUGAUAGGCCACCUGACCGAUCAGCACCUGGCCGAGUUCCUGCGGCGCUGCAAGCGGGGCCUCCGCCCCAACGGCAUCAUCGUCAUCAAAGACAACAUGGCCCAGGAGGGCGUGAUCCUGGACGAUGUGGACAGCAGCGUGUGCCGGGACCUCGAUGUGGUCCACAGGAUCGUCCGCAGCGCAGGCCUCAGCCUCCUGGCCCAGGAGCGGCAGGAGAACCUUCCGGACGAGAUCUACCACGUGUACAGCUUAGCCCUGAGAUGAGCGGGGCUGGCAGGAGAGAGGGACCAGUGUGGGUGGGGGAGGACUGGCACCUGCACGCGGUCCACACGCUCAACCUCGAUGGUUCGGGGGUGCUGAGCGGGGCCACGAAAUAUACCUGUCUGCCGUCCACUCACUAUACAGACUCUUAUUAAAAAGGCAUAAGGGGACCCAGUCGGGAGGGGUGCCACUGAAUGGGGCAGCGAGGCCGGAGUGAGCGGCGGGGACUGGGCCCUGUGGACCCAUGCGACCCCUGGGCCUCCGAUGCUCGCCUCGUGGGAAUCCGGCGGUCCCAUCAGAAGUGAGACUCCCUGCUCUCCAGUAACAGCACCUGGCCUUCCUGCCACAGGCCUGGCUGGCGUAAGAGGAAGAGAGUAACCACUAAAGCGGUUGCAGAGGACCUUAUACCUCCAGAGGGGAGGGGAGCGGAGCUGGGCCCGUGGAGCCUGCGGCCCUCAGCACCCUCCUGCCUGCGCUGAGCCUACGUGGUGCCUGCCGAGUGGUGCAGUUGAUGGGAUGUCCACGUUCCGGGUGCUAUUUGGAGAUGGGGCCCUGGGGCCCUUAACGUGACCGUCACCACAGCCUGCAGGGAGGGGAGAGGCCUGGAGCUUCCCUCUCGGCUGUGCCUUGUGGCUCCUCCUUAGGGGGCAUUUUCAGUCAAAAAUAAAAGGGUGAACCCCUGUACUGGA